AUGAGCAGCCAUCAGACAGUAAAAAUCUUCAAGAAAUCUUCUAUCCCAGGAGUUGUUGUCACUCAGCUUGUGAAUGAUGUUCCACAAGGAUGCAGUACACCUGAUUUUGAGAAGAAACCACUCACUCUGACACUGCAGGAAGGUAAAGAUGCCAUUUUCAGAGCUGUGGUCAAAGGUGUUCCAGCUCCUGAGGUGAAAUGGUCACGUACACGAAAAGGAAUGGAUGAUCCUGCCAAAUAUGAAAUGUUCUUCAAUAGUGCUACAAAUGAAUUCAUUCUGCAGAUCAAGAGCCUGGCUCUGGAUGACAGUGAUUUGUAUCGCUGCUGUGCUGUCAAUGCCUACGGAGAAGCCUCGUGCUCUGCCGGCCUCAGGAUCCUCCAAGUUGGCUUUAAGAGGAAGGCAAAAUAUGUUCCUGUUCAUGCUGCUGAUGAGCUCAAGAAGACACUCCUGGACUCCAGGAAGAUGCUGAGGAAGAGGGCUGCAGCACCAAAACCAAAGCCCCUGGACAAAGAAGCUGUGUGGCAGCUGCUGCUGCAUGCAGAUAGGAGAGAUUAUGAGAAAAUCUGUAUCAAAUAUGGAAUUGCUGACUUCCGUGGGAUGUUGAGGAAGCUGCAGGAGAUGAGGAAGGAAACAGAGAGUGAACAAGACAAGUUAAUUCACACUCUCAAAAACUUUGAACACAUCAAAGUCAACAAGGAGGGAAAUGCUACAUUCAGCCUGGAGAUGGAGCUGAAAAACAGCAACAGCAACGUUUACCUGCUCAAGGACGGCGAGCGGCUCCGGUACGGGACAGGGGACGAGUACAGGAAGCACUGCCUGCGGAGGGUCGGCAGGAGGUAUUACUUCACUAUCAACGACGUGCAGCCCGAGGACGCAGGGGUGUACCAGGUCAGGGUGGAGGACGUCCCUGUCUUCUCAACUGAACUAGAUGCUCAAGCCAUCCCGGCACGGUUCCGGCAGCCGCUCUCCGACGUGCGCUGUGCCGAGGCUGGGGACGCCGAGUUCCAGUGCGUGCUGUGCACGCCCUGCCACCAGCCCCUGUGGCUGCACAAAAGCCACCCCCUCCAGGCCAGUGACAAGCACCAGAUCUCUGUGACGCCUGAUGGCCUGACCCACAAGCUGAUUGUCAGGAAUGUGGGGCCCUCGGACAGUGGCCUGUAUACGCUCGACGUGGGACAGGGCUCCUCCAGCGCCUGGCUCCUCGUGGAGUAUGCCAAAGGAAAGAGGGGACAGGAUGAAGGAGAAAAGAUUGCGAGGGAGACAUCUGAGUGGCUGAAAGAAACAAUGGCAGACAAUGAAAGGGCAAGGAAGCUUCGGCGCCAAGAGCAAGCUGCUGCUGCUGAAGAUCGUCCUUCCUUUUCCACAUCCUCUGGUGGGGAGAAAAGUGGCUGGUACAGAACAGGUCAAGGCAGCAGUCAAGGGAGGGGCCAAGGACACUCCAUUGAUUCUGGUGAUGGAAUCCAAAUUUUUUUGGGAAAAGAAGGGCUACGUAAAACCCACAUGAAUGGAGAGAUGGGGUCUGGGCAGUUUUCUGGAGCAGGUCUAGAUGGAGACUCAGCAGCCAAUGAUGGCAGCACCUUUGGACUAAAAGGCUUAGGGGGCAGAAGUGGGUUAAGAGCUGUCCAUGGCAUGGACUCUGUGUCGGGCAGAGCAGGUCCUGGUAGUGCAGGAGGUGAGUGGAAUUCUGUGGAUGGCAGAGGUGAAGGUUUGCUGCCUGCUGUUGACAUUGACAUGGAUAAUGGAGAAGGUUUGGGCUCUCCGCAUGACAAGGAUGGGAAUUUAGGUGAUGCCAGUUACAGAGCUGGUUUUGGGGGUGCUGGGAGGUUGGGUGGUGGAAGUUCUGUGCCAGAUGAGCUUGAUCCUGAUUCACCUGGAGUGGGAGCCAGUGUGGAAAUGAGGUCCCACCUUGGCAACGAUGGGCAUGCCACUGUGCAUUAUAUGAAUGGAGCAGGUAUAAACAGAGAGGGACAAACAGGGACUCCCUAUGGCAAGGAUGGCCUGACACCUCAUGCCAGUGGUCAGUUAGGGCAGACAGGAAGAUCUGGCUCAUUGUAUGGGCCAGGAGGCCUUCCAGGUGGAGGUGGGGCUACACCUGGUACAGGUGGCAAUUCCACAGGAGAAAUGAAGGCUUUGUAUGGUCCCGUUGGUCAGGCACUGGGAACAGGUGCUGGUGGUGCUGGUGGAGCUGGUGCAGGGGCAUUUGGGUCUCCCUAUGGAAAGGAUGGUCUCCCAGCUGGGGCUGGUUUUGGUGGUGUUGGUGCAGGGGGACUUGGAGCUCCCUAUGGGAAAGAUGGUCUUCCAAUUGGAGCAGGUGCUGGUGGGGCUGGUAGUGCAGGGGGACUUGGAGCUCCCUAUGGAAAGGAUGGUCUCCCAGCUGGGGCUGGUUUUGGUGGUGUUGGUGCAGGGGGAUUUGGAGCUCCCUAUGGGAAGGAUGGUCUCCCAGCUGGAGCUGGUGGAGCUGGUGCAGGAGAGGCUUUGUAUGGUCCAGAUGGUCGGCCACUUGGAGCAGGUGUUGGUGCUGGUGCUGGUGCAGGGGUAUUUGGAGUUCCCUAUGGGAAGGAUGGUCUCCCAGUUGGAGCAGGUGCUGGUGGGGUUGGUGUAACUGGUGCAGGGGGAUUUGUAGUUCCCUAUGGAAAGGAUGGUCUCCCAGCUGGAGCAGGUGCUGGUGGUGCAGGAGGAUUUGGGGAGGCUUUGUAUGAUGGUCAGCCACUUGGAGCAGGUUUUGGUGCUGAUGGCAGUCCUGGUCCAGGGGGAUUUGGAUCUCCCUUUGGGAAGGAUGGUCUCCCACCUGGUGGAGCUGGUGUAGGAAGACUUGGAGAGGCUUUGUAUGGUCCAGAUGGUCGGCCACUUGGAGCAGGUGUUGGUGGUGCUGGUGCAGGGGGGAUUGGGGGUCCCUAUGGAAAGGAUGGUCUCCCAGUUGGAGCAGGUGUUGGUGGAUCUGGUGGUACAGGGGGACUUGUAUCUCCAUAUGGAAAGGAUGGUCUCCCAGCUGGAGCUGGGGGAGCUGGUGCAGGAGAGGCUUUGUAUGGUCCAGAUGGUCAGCCACUUGGACCAGGUGUUGGUGGUGCUGGCUCUGCGAGUGCCAGGGGAUUUGGAGCUCCCUAUGGGAAGGAUGGUCCCCCAACUGGAGCAGGUGCUGGUGGGGCUGGUGGUGCAGGGGGAGUUGGGAGUCUCUAUGGAAAGGAUGGUCUGCCAGUUGGAGCUGGUUUUGGUGGUGUUGGUGCAGGGGGACCUGGAGCUCCCUAUGGGAAGGAUGGUCUCCCAGUUGGAGCAGGUGUUGGUGUUAGUGGUGCAGGGGGAGUUGGGUCUCCUUAUGGGAAGGAUGGUCUCCCAGCUGAGGCUGAUGCUGGUGGUGCAGGACGACUUGGAGAAGCUUUUUAUGAUCCAGAUGGUCGGCCACUUGGAACAGGUGUUGGUGGGGCUGGUUCUGCAAGUGCCAGGGGAAUUGGAGCCCCCUAUGGAAAGGAUGGUCACCCAGUUGAAGCAGGUGCUAGUGGGGCUGGUGGUGCAGAGGGAGUUGGGGGUCGCUAUGGGAAGGAUGGUCUCCCAGCUGGAGCAGGUGCUGGUGGGGCUGGUGGUGCAGGGGGAGUUGGGAGUCUCUAUGGAAAGGAUGGUCUCCCAGCUGGAGCAGGUGCUGGUGGGGCUGGUGGUGCAGGGGGAGUUGGGGGUCCCUAUGGGAAGGAUGGUCUCCCAGUUGGAGCAGGUGCUGGUGCUGGUGGUGCAGGGGGAGUUGGGGGUCCCUAUGGGAAGGAUGGUCUCCCAGUUGGAGCAGGUUCUGGUGCUGGUGGUGCAGGGGGAGUUGGGGGUCCCUAUGGGAUAGAUGGUCUCCCAGUUGGAGCAGGUGCUGGUGCUGGUGGUGCAGGGGGAGUUGGGGGUCCCUAUGGGAAGGAUGGUCUCCCAGUUGGAGCAGGUGCUGGUGCUGGUGGUGCAGGGGGAGUUGGGGGUCCCUAUGGGAAGGAUGGUCUCCCAGUUGGAGCAGGUGCUGGUGCUGGUGGUGCAGGGGGAGUUGCGGGUCCCUAUGGGAAGGAUGGUCUCCCAGUUGGAGCAGGUGCUGGUGCUGGUGGUGCAGGGGGAGUUGCGGGUCCCUAUGGGAAGGAUGGUCUCCCAGUUGGAGCAGGUGCUGGUGCUGGUGGUGCAGGGGGAGUUGAGGGUCCCUAUAGGAAGGAUGGUCUCCCAGUUAGAGCAGGUUCUGGUGCUGGUGGUGCAGGGGGUGUUGAGGGUCCCUAUGGAAAGGAUGGUCUCCCAGCUGGGGCUGUGGCAGGAGCUGCUCAUUUUCCUCUUGGAGGUGAGGAAGCAAUGGGAUCCGGCCGUGGCAUGGAUGCCACACUGAGCAGAGCUCCAGGAUAUGCAGGUGGAGCAGGAGGAGAGGGCUUUUCCAGGGAAGGCUCUGUCCUGUGGGGUGCAGGGUCUCCCUAUGGCGAGGACAGAGGGUCAGCUGUAGCCACAGCUGGUGCAGGUGGAGUUGGGAGGUUGGGAGGGAAUGAAUGGGAUUCAGUCCAUGGUAAAGGAGGCAUGGGAGCUGCUGGUGGACCUGGAAGUGAAUAUGGGCUGGAUGCACAUCUUGGCAGAUCUUUGAGAGGUGAAACUGGAAAGGGCACUGCCAGUGAUGUCAGAGGGCCAGGGGACAAAAGUUCAGCUGGUGACAGAGGGUCCCUGUUAGGUCCAGGAGGAGCCAGGGGAGAGGGCAGAGAUUUCAGACAGUUAGGCUCCCUUUAUGAUACAAAUUCUGCCUUUGGAGAGGCAGGGAGUAAAUCUCAUGACAGAUCUGUUGAUGGGAGUAGUUCAGAUGGGUUUGGUCAAGGUCCACUGAGUUAUGGCCAGAUGUCAGGUCCUUUUGGUGGACCUCCUUCAGCAAACCAGAGAAACCAAGAACCUGACCUGGAUCUUAAAACAAAUGAUUCCCUGAACAACACGGAAAGCACAGCACAAAAGAGACGGAGUGUCCUGGAUGAUCUCAAAGUCCCACGCUGUUACCUCAACAAGCAGCUGGCGACCGUGCGAGUGCUGAAGGGGGAGCCAGCUGAGCUGUCCUGCACUGUCAGCAAGGACAACGUGACAGGAACCUGGUUUAAGGAUGGCCUCAAGUUAACAAGCAUGGAUGGAGUCGUCUUUGAAAAGAAAGGUCUUGUGCACAAACUGAUCAUCAACAAGGCUGAAGAUAUUCAUGCUGGGAAAUACAGGUUUGAAGGUGGAGAUGUAAAAACUGAAGCUUCAAUUUUUGUUGAAGAUCCUCCCCAGGUGGACAAAGUUCUCCUCAAGAACUUGACCAGUGUCCCCACAGUGGCCAAGGCUGGGGAGGGGGUGAAGCUGCGGAUCCCAUUCGAGGGUCGGGGGCCCAUCAGGGCAGCGUGGCUGAAGGACAGGAUGGAGCUGGGGGAUGACACCAGGAUCCGUGUGGACAAGACAGACACCUGCACCACACUGUCCAUCUCCAGCUGCGACAGGAGGGACUGUGGGGAUUACAAAGUCAGGCUCAAGAACGACAGUGGUGUCCUGGAGAUCAACCUAAAGCUCGUGGUGAUAGACAAGCCACAGCCUCCAGCAGGACCCAUCAAAAUUGUCGAAAGCUCCGCCAACAACAUCACGAUCCAGUGGAAGCCCCCAAAGGACGAUGGGGGCAAACCAGUGCAAAGGUACCUCGUGGAGAGGCAGCAGGUGGGCAGGAAUGACUGGGAGACUUUGGGAGAAACCCCCAGGAGCUGCACCAGCUUCACCACGAGCAAAGUGGAGGAAGAGAUGAGCUACUACUUCAGGGUGAGGGCUGUGAAUGCUGAGGGAGUGAGCGAUGCGCUGGAGUCAGGGGAAGUGAAAGCUGCUGGUAAAGGUUCCCCUGGUGUCCCAGAUCCCCCUGAGAUCAUCAGUGCCAGCAGGGACACCAUCACCAUAUCCUGGAAAUCUCCUUGUAAAACUGGCACUUCCCAGAUUAUGGGAUACAUUGUUCAGAAACGCAAGAAGGGCACUGUUACCUGGCUGCCAGUCACCAAUGGGCCUGUCAAAGACAAGAAACUGAAGGUGACCGGCCUCAAGAAGGGUGUGCAGUAUGAGUUCCGUGUGGCAGCUGUCAAUGCUGCUGGCACUGGACAGCCCAGUGACCCCUCAGAGCCUGCCUUUGCCCGGGACCCCACCAAAUCUCCAGGCCAAGUGCAGGACCUUAAAGUGAGCAGCAGUGACAGCACCAGUGUCACCUUGACAUGGAAAAAACCUGAAGUACAAGAUGGGAAUGAUGUGAAAGGCUACGAGGUGGAGAUGAGGCCCUGUAACAGCCUCAGCUGGACCAAGUGCUUCACCCUCCCUGCCGAGAGCACGUCGUGCAGGGUGCAGGGCCUGCAGGCCAGGGAGAAGCUGUUCCUGCGCAUCAUGGCCCUCGGCCACGGCGGCCUCGGAGAGGCCGCGGAGCUCGAGGUGUGCGCUGGAGCUGCUGCUGCCCUGGUCUCUCCCAGGUUCCUGAUAGAUGACACAGUGAAAAGCUUCCUGGUUAUAAAAGCAGGGGAUCCCAUCCUGGUGAAGAUUCCCUUUGAGGGAUCUCCCGAGCCGGUAGUGACGUGGUUAAAGGACGGGCUCCCCCUUCCUGGCCGGGCUGCCGUGAGCACCGAGGAGGGAAGCAGCCAGCUGCUGCUUAGGGCAGCCGAGCUCGGGGACAGCGGCACCUACACUGUGGAGCUUGGGGAUGGGCUGGGCAAAAGGGAAACCUUCAGCUUCCAGGUUCAAAUUACAGAUGUCCCUCAGCCCCCUGGAGCCAUCCGGCUGGAGGAGAAUGUCCCCAACACGGUGACUGUGACCUGGGAGCCCUCCACCUCUGAGCAGUGGGAGAAGAACUUGUAUUACACUGUCCUGAAACGGGAAUCCCAGAAGGGCCUGUGGCAUGUCCUGGGGGACCUGAUCUACAACAACAAGUUCACCUUCACCAGGGUGGUCCCAGGCAGGGAUUAUUACUUCAGGGUUGUGGCAAAAAAUGACCUGGGAGCCAGUGAACCAUCAGAGACUGUGCAGCCCUGGAGGAUCUGGAAAAAAAAGGCUGAAUUUCGAGUGAAAGCACAGAAAUACAGGGGAGUUAACCAGAACCAGCCCCCGAGGUUCCUGGUGCCGCUGAAGUGCCACGUGGUGGUGACGGGCAGCGAGUGUCACAUGAGCUGUGCUGUUGGAGGCCACCCCCCACCAAAAAUCACAUGGUACAAGGACAGCAGAGACCUCUCCAGAGAUCCCAACUACUUCUGCACCAAUGACUUCGGUGUGUGCUCCCUGGUGGUGCUGGGAGUCACCAAGAAGGAUGAGGGGGAGUACAUGGUGGAAGCUAGCAAUGAAGUGGGCCGUGUCUUCAGCAAAGCCUUCCUCACCAUCAAAGACUCCUCCCUGUAGCGUGGCCCUGCCGAGAACAUCCCUGCAUGGCUCCAAGGAUGGGAAGGUUUUGGUGAGGACUCAUCCAUAUGAAGGCUGUGCAUUUAUUGUCAGAUGUUCUUCACAGUCUGAGGGUGUUAUUUAUCAGAUCCAGUGAUUGCAUGUUGAACAUGAUGCUGCAUUGCCAAUCAAUACUUUUGAUUGGGGAAAAAAGCUUUAAGAGCACUGUAUGUUUUUCUUUUUUAAUAAUCAAGCUUUCUGUGAGACCUUUAAAACACAGCGUAGAAGCUUCAGGAACACAGAAGAUGAGAGGAAAAAUAAUUGGCCAAAUUGAAACUUUCAGUGAAGAACACAGGUGAGUGGGAGAGACUAUCCUGUCACACCACUCACCCACAACAAGGACUUAUCUGGACAUCAGGGAUCUCUGGUCCUUUCACAUACGCUUUUUCAAGCCAAAACAAUCACUUUGGAUUCCAUGUGAUUCUCUGCAGGUUUCCCAAAUCUGGCAACAGCAGCUUUGCAUAUGCAUAUGUUCUACUACCAGUAGCUUCUAAGUAGAUUAUCUUCCCUAACCCCUGAAUUUAAAAGAUAUCUGCCUGCUCAUUUUGUCUGGGCAGGAGAUGAAAUCUCAGACCAGCCUGGCAUGGGGCAGGUGAAGCUCCCAGUGCAAAUGUACUGGUGGGAAGGAGUGGCAGUCUACAACCAGUGUGUGAGCAAAGCAACUCGCAAACCCCUCAGCCUGUGCUGUACAAAGGCUGUGCCAGUCCUGAAUCACCCCCAGAAUCACCUGUGCAUCCCAGGUGCCCCUGGUCAUGGCACUGCUGGGAGCUUUUGCCUUUAGCAAAAGAGGUGAAAAAUCCUUCCUGUCUGACCAGAAAUCUGAGGGACUCCCAGGGAUCUCCUGCCAUGGCCAGGGGUUCCCAUCACUGGGCCUGGACAGCAAAAUGUUCUGCUGGCUGUGGGGAGGGUGUCACAGUCUUCGUGACAGGAAAGAGCAGAGCCAAACGGCUGUGGGGCUGGAAUGUUCUUGGGAUUACAUUUUGUACAAUGUUGUACAGAUGUAGGAGCAGUAGAUAAUGAAAUUAAACCACAAUUCAGUGAAAUCUACCCC